GAGGUGGGGCUCGUCAGGGUGCCGCCUCUCCUCUUUCCCGGAGCCAGAGAAAAGAGGGAGGAAAACUUCUUCCUGCCCAGGGCCCCUGGGUUUCUUCUUCUGUCUGCCCACUGCACCCGGGCCGUGUCUGGGUGCCAGGCUCCUUUCCCCCACCCCCACCCCGUGCCCGCCAUGGCCAAAGCCUACGACCACCUCUUCAAAUUGCUGCUGAUUGGGGACUCGGGGGUGGGCAAGACUUGUCUGAUCAUUCGAUUUGCCGAGGACAACUUCAACAGCACUUACAUCUCCACCAUUGGAAUUGACUUCAAGAUCAGAACUGUGGACAUUGAAGGGAAGAAAAUAAAACUUCAAGUUUGGGACACGGCAGGACAAGAGAGAUUCAAGACUAUCACUACUGCCUACUACCGUGGGGCCAUGGGUAUUAUCCUUGUCUAUGAUAUCACAGAUGAGAAAUCCUUUGAGAACAUUCAAAACUGGAUGAAAAGCAUCAAGGAGAAUGCCUCAGCAGGUGUGGAACGCCUUCUGUUGGGAAAUAAGUGUGACAUGGAGGUGAAGAGGAAGGUGCAGAGGGAACAGGCGGAGAAGCUGGCCCGAGAACAUGGAAUCCGAUUCUUUGAGACUAGUGCUAAGUCAAGCCUGAAUGUGGAUGAGGCCUUCAGUUCUCUGGCCCGGGACAUACUGCUCAAGUCAAGUCGGAGAUCAGGCAACAGCAACAAGGUCCCCCCAACUACUGAUCUGAAGAGCUGUGAGAAGAAGAGUGGUACCAAGUGCUCCUUGGGUUAAUAGCUGCUGAUGACCCCAGUCCAGGACCCAAGUCUUCCCAGCCCCUGGUCCAGAGGCUGGGCCUGCUGGAUUUCAGGGAGAGGGAGGGAAAAAGAAGGAAAAAGGAAGAGGAGUUGUCUAGGGGACUGAGAGAUUUGGGAGAGGAAGGAGGAGGAGGGACAGAGAGAGAGAGAGAGAGAGAGAGAGAUUGGGAGAGAGAGAGAGGAAAAGGGAGAAAAAUGUUAGAAAGGUAACCAAAAAGAAGGGCAACUGGAAAGUGAGACUGUGAGAGGUAUGAACAAAGGAGGUGAGAGAAGGGAAUGGGGAAAGUGAAAUGAGGAGAGAUGCCCCCAGGGUAGGGAUAUCCUUCCUGACCCCUUCUCCUUCCUCUCCUCCAAAUCUCCAGCACAAACACUAAGUGUAUAUACAUAGAUUUCCUUCUGUUACUGGGUCAUCCCCUGGGCUCUGGGUGGGGAUAGGGAGCUUAGCUGGCUUAGCUCAGUCCUCUCUCUCCCUCUGCACUCCCUCCCCAAAAAUGGGGGAGUGGGGACUCUGUCUUAUCACUCUAAGCCUGAAAGGUCUUUCUUAGCAUUAAAGACCAACGUUUGCACAAA